ACCAAUCAUUUCAAAGGUAAACAAAUGAGGAGCUCAGUGCUAAGUGCAGCGGCUCAGUGUGUGACUCGUCGCUGCUGUGUGGAGUUUGUCCGAGUGGCUGUAAUUAAAUAUAAAGUCAGGAAAAGAUUUGUAAUCAGUAAAGUCCCAGUGAAUCUUUUGGGAGUAAAACCAGAAGUUCAGUUAUGGAUCUUUAUUGUUUCCUUCUCUUAAUCUGACGGCAAACCAGAUGAAAAUGGGAAACGGGAUAUCCGGUUCCAAUCUUCCUUUCUGGAAGUCUCUGCACAUUACAAUUUUGGGUCUGGACUCUGCAGGCAAAACUACUGUCUUGUACAGACUGCAGUUUAAUGAGUUUGUGAACACUGUGCCUACUAAAGGAUUUAAUGCAGAGAAGGUAAAAGUGGCCCUUGGUCGCUCCGGGAGGGUGACCUUUCACUUUUGGGAUGUUGGGGGUCAGGAGAAGCUUCGUCCACUCUGGAAGUCCUACACUCGCUGCACUGAUGGCAUCGUGUUUGUGGUCGACUCUGUGGAUGCAGAGCGGAUGGACGAGGCCAAAACCGAACUUCACAAGCUUGCACAUGCAUCAGAGGGUCAAGGUGUACCAAUGCUUAUCGUUGCAAAUAAGCAGGACCUGAGGAACUCUAUGACGCUGCCAGAAAUUGAGAAGAUGCUGGCACUGGGAGAACUUGGCACCUCCACCCCAUGGCACUUGCAACCUUCGUGUGCUAUAAUCGGCGAUGGUUUACUAGAGGGACUCGAAACACUGUAUAAUAUGAUCCUCAAACAAAAGAAGAAGCUAAAGCAGCAGAAAAGGAAGUAAAUUGAAAUAUUCAGAAAGCAAUAGAAAUGGGUUUAUACAAUGGUGCUGUGUGAUUGACGACUGAGUUUUAUCAGUUUCAUAGUCCAAUGGUUUGUUAGUUGAAGCCCAUGGCUUUAAAUGGAUUUCUAUUAGACUGUGGGUGGAGAAUGGAAGAGACUUUAUUUUUAAAUACUGUGCAGGUUGAACAUUUAUUAUUUGAAGUGUGUUGGAACACCGAUGAAGGAAGUGGGUGUUGGGGUGUGCCGGUUGUGAGAACUAUACGUAUAGGACCGAGAAAACUUAAAAUUAAGGAUCCAUGAAGAUUUGCUGAUUUUAAAUUGACUGUACAGUAUUUAGAUAUUUUUUAAGCUGGUCUUUAACACUGCAACUCAUUUAGGAUUUUAUUUUAUUUUCUUGCCGAAGAUGAAACCUUUUGUGUAUUGUUUACAAGCACUUUAGAGGACAUGCUUACUUUAUGUAAACAUCUGAGAAUAUUUAGUGAAUAUUUUAUUAAUCCAAAUAAAUAUUUCUCUUGCAAAAGUCGGUUUAACGUUUUUUUCACACCCCGAUGUUGACUGCUGAUUUGUAAAUGUUGAUAAAGAAUACUAGUAAGAAUUCAGUUCCACCUUUGUACAUCAGUGAUUUUGACAUGCUGUAGACAUGUUUCAAACAGCCUACAGUGUUUUUAAAAUUCCUUACAGCCUUAUGAUCUUUUGAUUUCUGUUUUAUUUCAUUUCUUUACACCUUGCAAGACAUAUUGUGGCUAUUAGCUCAUUUGCAAUGGUGUUGACCUAAAGACAAAAGUGCAAUCAUAAAAUAUUAUAUAGUUAUGUAAUACCUGUUUGGUCAUACACUCAAUGUUCCUAAUAAAGUUAAUGUAAAAGACAGUUUCAUUAGAAUGUGCUUGACAGCAAUUGUGUUGAAGUUGACUUCAUAUUAUCGUCUAAAACCAAGGUAGCUGUGUGGUGUUGAGCGAUUUAUGUAGACUAGCAUUAUAAGUACUAAAUAGCCUUGGAACACUUUAACCACAUACUGUACUAUUAACAUCUUGUGAACAAACUGUGGCAGAGGUGUGUGUGUGGAAGAGGGCCAAAGGGCAGUGGUUUUCCAGCAUUGUUUAUCUGUGACUCAGUCUUCAGUUUUGUAGCAUGAGUGUAACCUCUGAAACAAAGGCUUAUCUCAAUUUCCAGUUAGAUCAUCAGAUUUCAGAGUCCUGCAGUUAGUUAGCUGAGUGCUUCUCAGUAGAGAGUGUUUUGUUUCUUUUUGAAUAAAUAAAAGUUCAAAUGGAUAAAAUUUGAACUCUUACAAGCUAGAAAAUACUGUUUGUGUAUGAUGUGAUGGAUUGUGUGGUAAUAUAUCAUGGGAACUCUGGUAUAACAGGGAGAAGUUUUGUGCCAUAACCUACACAAACAAUCCAGGCAAGUCAAACCAGUCUGAGCUGGACUUUGUUACAUGCUGCUUUGCUUUACAUAGAGUUUGUUUAUAGUGCUAUAGAUAGGAAACUCCAAGAUUGACCAAAGAGAUAACAGCGUAAAAAUAGUCAAGAAAAUAUCAGUGUAUCAAAAUAUCUUUCACCCAAAUAGCUGCCAUGAGUCAUACUCGUAUAAAAGUUAUUUUAAAGGUUUAAUAAAGUAUGCCAACGUAAUUGCUUCUUUCUUCAUAGUCGUUAUUGUGUAUUUCAUCAAAACAUACAUAGACAGAACAAAAUGUUAAGGCAUUCUUUAUAAAUUUCAGUUGACUAUAAUACUAUUAGAAAAAUAGGCCAUUUAAUCUAGAUAAAGAGUAAAGGGAAGUUUUUUUUUAAUUUUUUUAUUUUUGGGUCUUGUUCAGGCAGGAAAGAUGAGAACAUUUAUCUCCUUUACAAAAGGAAGGAGGUGGAAUGUGGCAGGAACUGUGUCAUGGGUUGAUUUUCAGGUUUCUUUGAAGAAAAUUGCAAAACCCAUAAAUACCCAUUAGAUACUAAAGAAGUUCCAGUAUACUGGAAACAAAAGCGAAUAAAAGUAAGGAAUAAAACAUGAUGGGGCCUGCUGUUAUAGGACAAUAAUGACAAAGCUUUCAACAACAUGUUUUUAUUCUACUUACACUACAGUAUUUGGCAAAGAUUAUAAUUUGUUCAUGAAUUAAUGAACACAGUGUGUGUAUGUAUGUAUAUAUAUAUUUUAAUUAAACUUAAUUUUAUUGAACGCCACAA